AUGGACGUCACCAGCGUCAUCGGGGACUACGGCAAGUUCCAGAGGAACAUCUUCAUGUUCUGUCUGUUGAGAGGUUUCCCAACCGGCCUUCACCUGGUGGUGUACACUUUCUUUUUUCCGGCGGUAGAGCACUGGUGUGCUCCGCCAGACGAACUCAUUGGUAAUGUGACAGUGGACCAGUGGAAGGCAAUGGCACUACCCUAUGAGACUGGCAUUGGAGGUGACAUUCGUUACAGCAGCUGUCUCAUGUUUCCGGUGAAGCGCGUUGGAUCUGAGCUCGUGGCCCUUGAAAACAUCACGGUCGCCUGCGAGAGAUGGGAGUACGGCGAGACCUUCUACCGGCAUUCUCUCGUCCAAGAGUGGGACUUGGUCUGCGCCAGGGCGUGGACACGGUCUCUCGUCCAGAGCGCCACCAUGGCUGGAAUGCUUGUGGGCACCCUGGUCUGCUCCAGCCUGGGAGACAGGUUGGGGCGUCGACCACUGGUCAUCGUUUCCCUCGCCCUCAGCCUUCUCGGCGGCCUCGCAGUCUCGGUGUCCCCGUCCUUCUUGUUCCUUCUGGUCUCGAGGUCCCUGGUAGGCCUAGGACUGGGCCUAGGACAGGCGUCCUGUUUCUGCCUACUGAUGGAGGUGGUCGGACCACGUAAGAGGACGACGACAGCCGUGGCCUUCUCUUUGGGGUUUGCCCUGGGGCUCUGCGCUCUUCCGGCCUUUGCCUGGGUCUUCCAAGACUGGAGACAGCUGCAGGUCGCCAUCUCCUUGCCCCUGGUGGUCUUCCUCGCCUGGUCCUGGUACCUCCCAGAGUCGCCGCGCUGGUUAGUGGCGACGGGAAAGUUGAAAAGGGCACGGAGGGUUCUCCUCCAAGCGGGGACUGCCAACGGCAUUGAAAUUAAGAACGUGGACUCCAUCAUCGAGCAACUUCGCUGGAAGAUUACAGAGCAAGAUCACGAAGCAGAGGAGGUGAACUGUUCCGACCUUCUGAGAACACGAAAAGUGCGGCGGUACAGCAUCGUGCUCGUCUACGCAUCGAUGACGUGUGGAGCCGUCUUCUAUGGUCUGCAGUUUUCGGUGACGUCACUGGGAGGCAACCCUUACAUCAACUUCCUCCUGGCGGCCGCCGCCGAGUUUCCAGUCUGUCUGCUCUGCUACUGCACGGUGCGAUGGUGCCGCAGACGACUGACCAUGCUGGUCAUUUUCGCCGUAGGAGGCGCCUGCUCCGUUGCCAUCGGCCUCCUGGUGUUCGCUGGUCCAGAGCUGGCGUGGUUGCGCCAGUGCUUGGGCAUCGGAGGCAAGGUACUGGCAUCUGCGGCUCUCACGGUCGUCUGGAUGUUUGCUGCCGAAGUGUUCCCUACCGUGCUGCGCACCCUGGGCGUCGGAGCAUGCCUCGUGGGAACCCGCGUGGGCGGUGCACUGGUUCCGUUCCUCAUCGAGCUGAGGAAUUACACCAACGAGGCUGUGCCGCUAAUCAUCCUGGGCGGCUUAUUCUUCUUGUCCGCCAUUUUGGUCCUCCUGCUACCCGAGACGUUUCGGGUGGCCCUUCCGGACACACUUCACGAGACGGAAGGACUAUCGAAAUCCAGAGCUGGUGAUUCGAAGAGAAACGGCGAAGCCUCACCCAUUACCUGCGAGAAAAUGCUGGUUGUUCCCGGUGAUGAAUCCCCUGCAGCCAAAAAGGACGCGGAAUGA